UAGAAAUAUGUAAAUAAAAACUGGAUAAAUUUCAAUACAUGAAUAAUGUAACCAAAUUUCAGAAGGUGCACCACACUGUUACUAUGACUUAUCAAUUAUUUAAUCGUUUUAAGUACAGAAAAUGGUGUAUCAUUGUAAAAAGAGCCAGAAACGUCCCAUCCCAGUAAUAAACAUGACAAACCUCGCAAAUCAAAAGAAUUAAAAUAAAGCAGAUUGAUCGAGGAACUAUAUAACGUUACGCUGUUUCGGUGAGAACUGGGCAUUAAUCAAUUGAAAUGUGUAGCUGAAUAGUGAUGCUAAUUGCAAUGCGAGAGAGUGAAACCAAACUAAACAAAUCCAAUUGUCAAAAGUUACUGUUGGUGAACAAUAUUUGGAUGAGUAAAAUCGCAAUAUAUUCUCUUAUCUGGACAGAAUGAUUAUUUGAAAACUGAUAGGAGUUAAGCUGUAUUGGUUCUUUUCGAUCAGGUGUGGACGCUACUUUCAGUUUGUCCGGAACAGCUGUGAAGCAAGUCCCUCGCGUGUUCCUUCACUUGGCAGGAGAAUGAUUUUUGUGGUUGUGUUAUUGGCCGUGGUUCAAUCGAAGCAUGUUCUCAGUUCGGAUGCAGUGAAUCGAACCGAUUUGAAAUUAUGGUUCGACCCGCAGGAAUACUCCACAACCCUCGAAGAUGUGGUGAGCUUGAAACUUUGGAUUGAUGGCUCAACGAUCUCGAAUGUCUCCGUUAGGUUCAAUGUGGCAAAUGGAAGCUUAAUUGAAAUUAAGCCAGAUAUGUUAUUUUUCGAUGCUGAUGAAACGUUUUUGGGUGAUUCAACAAUCCUGGAAGCAAUCGGUUCACGACCGGGUAAUUUCUUCGUGAAGGCCUUGGCCGAACCCGAAGACGCGGUUGACGUUCGAAGGUUUUUUGUUCGGCUGAAGAUCGCGAUAAGCCAACCUUGGAUUUACAUUUCCUUACUGAUUGGCUGGGCCUAUACUGCUUGCUGGUCCAUUGGAGAUUAUCCGCAGAUUAUGCUGAAUCACCGAAAUAAAAGCGUGAUCGGAUUGAGUUUCGACUUUUUGUACAUGAACGUUGUCGGUAAUCUUUGCUAUGCAACUUUUAAUGCGUUUAUGUACUGGAAUCGUAAUAUUGAGCAAGAAUAUUUCAAUCGACAUCCUUUUGGGUUAAAUCCAGUCAUCGGAAACGAUGUCGGAUAUGCCAUGCAUGCUCUCUUCGCUACUGGUCUUACUUUGCUGCAAUGUUACAUAUUCGACAACGGAGGAAACUCCAUAUCCAGUGCGGCAAAAGCAAUUAUCGCUACCUACAUCGGUACAAUUCUUGUCUCGAUCGUGACGGUUUCCUUCGGAGUCUUCCAUUGGUUGGAUUUCUUGUACAUUUUGAGCUAUAUCAAGCUGUCGACCAACUUGAUCAAGUACUUUCCGCAAGUUUAUAUCAACUACAAAAGGCAGAGUACGGAAGGAUUCGCGAUAAUGAACCGAUUACUGGAUCUGGCAGGCGGAUUGUUAUCGAUUGUACAGAUGGUAAUCAAUGCAUGGAAUUUUGAUGAUUGGUCUUCUAUUUUUGGAAGCCCAGUAAAGUUCGCUUUAGGAUUUGUGUCUAUCUUUUUCGAUUUGGUAUUUAUAAUACAGCAUUUUUAUCUGUACAGAAAACCAAUCGAAAUGCCAAUGUCUAAAAGCGAAGUUGUGAAACUGCCAUCUACUAUGUAACUGUGAGUUACUGUGUAAUUGUACAAUCGUGAUUUCUGUGUACUUAAAAGAAAAACGAACCUAAAACUGUACUCAACGAAUAUAAUUCGGCAAA